CAUUACCACAAAUUUCCAAUUGUCGCGAGGAAUAAUGUUGAUGUUUUCACAUUUCAUUAAUUAAUUUGGCUGCCAUACUAAACCCAUUUUGUACUCGGCGUCGGCGCCUGCCAACGGCAAAUGGGGGAAGUUGUGUGGUCGUAAACCUAUCAUGUCUGAGCAACCGCUCACGAAUGCGACAGAGAACGAAGAUCAACCACUAGAGGAUAGCCUCGAUGCCGCUGCACUACAAGGAACUAUAGGGCAUCCACCGGAUGAAAGCCAAGGGGAACAUGUCGGCAGCGCCUCCCAGCUGUUGGGAGCUGAGAGUUCAGAAGUUUCGGUGACCGAAGAUUCUCAUGGUUCACAUGAGCAACUAAGGAAACGAGCAAAGAGAGUCAUCCGGAGUAUGCCUGGGUCAUCAUGUCUGCGCUGUAAAGUGAAAAAGACAAAAUGCGAACCAUCGGACAUCAAAGAGAGAACCUGUAAAAGAUGCGAAUCUGGGAAACAUGAAUGCCAAUAUCCUAUUCAAAGAUGGGCGCCACGCAAGGACAAUCUUGAUAUAGGUUUCAGUAAUAUGAGUAGCAGUGACCCCAGAAGUGCUGCUUUUGAGAGUCCAAGAUCUUAUGAGACUUCAUUCGAUGCAAGAGCAGAUUUGCAAAGAAAGGAUGCUCACAUCGACAGGUUGGAGCAAACCCUGUCCCAUUACACGGCAUUGGAAAACCAGAGAAUGGCAGGCCAUGCAUCAAAUAACAUUAAUGUAGCUGCAUAUGCUCUUGGUCCUCCCCAGCACCAUCCCACAGGGACCAUUCCAAGGGACUCUAACGGAGAGACGUACCUUGACGUGAUAGAUCAGGGAAUCUUGGAUUUGAAAACUGCGCAUGCUCUCCUGCAAGAGUUCAGAGCCAUGAACCAGAACUUUCCUUACAUUGCAAUACACCCAAACUUGUCUACAGGCAUGCUUCGUCAGGAUAACCCAAUGCUGUUGUUGGCUAUCUGUACCGCUGCGUCAUGGAAGGACAGGGAGCUCCAGACGAAGCUAGAAAGGGCCUAUUUGGAAGAAUUAGCUGGUAGGAUGGUCGUUGAUGGCGAACAAACUCUGGACAUGCUCCAAGGGUUGCUUGUUCAUCUCUCUUGGUGCCAUCUCCAUCUUAAAUCAUCGUACCGGUUAUCUUCCCUCGCCAUCUCCCUUGUCACAACCCUCAGUAUCAACCGCCGCCCCAUGCCCGCAGAUCGCCAAAAUCUCAGCGUUUUAUUUCCCUUUCCGAAGGGCGCUCCGGCCCCCUCCGAAUCCGCUAAGGCUUGGAGCCCAGGCGCCCGUCGCGCCUAUAUCGGUGCCUAUGUCAUCUGCUCGUCCUACGCGCAUGCCUUGCGCAAAACAAGCACCCUGAAAUACACGCCCUAUCUCGAAGAGUGCGCGCAAUCUCUCUCCUCUAGCUCUGCCCUGCCCUCCGACGUCCUCCUCAUCCAUCAAGUCCGACUCGCCCACCACGUUGAGUCAAUUAGCGACACCUUCGACUACGACUUCUCCCGCUCUGUCCCCCCCGUGCCGGAUUCCCAACUGAGUUUCCACGUGCGCUCCUUCUCUGCGGCGCUCACAGGCAUCGAGUCCUUGAUCCCGACCCGCCUCACCACAAACACCCUCCUGGCAACCUCCCUCCUCGUCGUCCAAGCAUAUACCCACGAAAUAGGCCUGCACGGCCUACACCCCAACGACACCCUCUCCCUCCCCCGCACAACGAUCCUAAUCGACUGUCUCGGCGCUGUGCGCCGCGUCCUCGAUGCUGUUGUCGCACUUAACGACGCGGAUUUCCGCGCCCUGUUUGGCUACAACUGGGCGCGCAUACACUACUCCCUAAGUCUCGCGGUGGAGCUUAGCCUAGGCAUUUCGUCGCCGUCGUGGGGCGUGGAGAAUGUGCGCGCCGUUCUGGCGCUCGAGUCUUACGUCGACGUGUUUGUGCAGCGGCUGGAGGGAGUUAGUGCGCUAAUACGAAAGGAGGGGGACCAGGGCGACUGGUUUGGGUUUUUGGCUGCGCUUUGGAAGGAACUAAGGAGGAAUUAUACGGAGGGUAUGGGCCGGAGGGGCGUAGUGGUACCUGGGGAGAUAUCUCCGGUGCAGGACCUAGGGGAGGGGUGGCUUGGGUUGGAGGAUAUGGAUUUUAUGCCCAACGAGUGGCUGUGGAUGGUUCCAGACGUUGUAAUGUGAGUCGUGAGUGGUUUAAGCGACGGGGAUGGCGUUUGGGUGAUUUGGAUGGCGUCUUGUCGGACGGAAAGGUAUGCAUUUGGAAAUACCCUGUGAAAUGAAGCGAUAGAAGUAUUGCUAGAUAAACCUAGUGUGGUGUGAAUGUCAAAUCAGAUAUCUUGAGAGGAA